CAGCCGCCAUCUUGUCGUGGCUCGGAAUUAGGAUUUCUGUCCAGAACUGGUUUUUACCUGGACAUCGAGCGUCCUCUCUGCGCUAUGUGAGCGUCCUUCAACGGGACACGUCAUCUUAACGUCGCCUCGGAGACAUUUUGAGCGAAAAAUCGGGAACUGGAUCGGUGGUCGUCGGACAGAAAAGCUCCGUAUAUGUGAAUCCCCGUCAGAGUGCGGCGAUCCAGCCCCUGUCGCCGUCCGGGAGCAGCCGUGUUUACCAGGACCAGCGGAGACCGGCUCGGGGCUUUCCAGAGGAUUUGCAAGAAGACGACAUUUUGAUGCAGUCGUGCAUUUUUGCGGAGCUUCGCGCGAUUUUUGCACGAAGAAAUUUGACGUCACGCAAAAUGGGUACUUUGAUCUUCUAGAAAUUACGACUUUUCCCCCGGAGCGCCGAAAUCCACCAGAUGUUAUCGCAUCGUCACUGUGAAGUCGGCUCUGUACAUGGGGGAUAUUUUAUUCUGCGGGAAUUAACGAUGAUAAUGUGGGUGUUGGGUGUCGGAUUAUCAUGGGGUGAGUGGCGGUGGCGAAGCGGGGCGCUAUUGCAUCUCUUUUGAAAGGCACUGACUCUCACGGCGAGGAGCAGCUAACGCUAACAGUUAACUUAGCUGGUAGCGGACAAUUAGCAAGCUACUCACCAGUUAGUUUACGUUAGCAGGCUGUCGGCUUGCUAACGUGCUAACUGGAUAGGUUUGUGUCGAUAGAACAACUUCCCUGUCACACGGACAACUCAACUAUAUCGGCUUUGAUCCUGCGGCCGGACAAGAGGGCGACUAUGGCUGAAAACCUGCUGGACGUCGGACCUCCCAACUCCAAGCGGCCGAGGCUGAAUUCACCUGCCCUGUCAGCGGCUGAUGCACAAGAGCUGGGAUCACUAUCCUGGGAUGAUCUGGAGAAUGACCUACCAGAUGAAUUGAUCCCUAAUGGUGGAGAUCUAAACCUGGGGAUGCCUUCAAAUGGUGGAGCAGCACCUGGAGCUGGGCCAGGUGGCACCCCUGCGGGUACUGUCCCAGAUGCAGCUGCCAAGCACAAGCAGCUCUCAGAGCUCCUUCGAGCGGGUAGCACCUCCAGUAUCACUCCUGUAGGGCUGAACUCUGCUAGCCCUCAGCCGGGCGGAAUGGGGCCGCAGCUGAGUAAACCGCUGGGUAAGAGCCCCCUCAGCCAAGGCUCUCCCAACAACCAUCCGUCCCCACAGUCCCAAAAAGCGGGAACACCAACUGGAAUAGCAGGACAGAACAACAACAAUACUACUGCAACAAUGGGCUUCAACCAGAACAUGAUCAAAAAUAGCCAGGGACAUGCCGGGCUGCUAACCCAGGGAGGGCAGCCCCAACCUGGGCAGGUUAUGAACGGUAGUCUGGGACCUGGAGCUGGGAGGGGACGGGGAGCAGGAGUAGCAGGCCUGCAGUACCAGGGACAGACGAUGCAGGGAGCCUCUGCAGGAGCCGGAGGAGCAGCUAGUGCUUUGGCAGAGACUCUCAGCCAGGGAGGGCAGCAGAUGGGAGCUCAUGCCACCCUUAAUGCAGCCCAACAAGCAGGCAACAUGAACAAGAUGGGCCUAGCAAGCAAUGGGGGUCCGUUUGGCACUCCGCCCUACAGUCAGGGUGCCACAGGGCCGGGCCAGAAGCUAAACCCUCAGCAGCAGCUCCAGAACAAGGCUGCUCUUGCCAACAGUCUGCCACCCUUCCCCAGCGAACUCAAAGGGGCUGCUGUCACAAGCGUGCCAAACAUGCAGCUCAAACAGCAGUCUCCGCAGCAGGCCACGAUGCUCCCCCUGGCUGGCAGCGGAGGUGUGGCAGUGCCUUCGGCCGUACCUACAGCUGACCCAGAGAAGCGAAAGCUCAUCCAGCAGCAGCUGGUCCUGCUGCUUCACGCACACAAGUGCCAGCGUCGGGAGCAGGCCAAUGGGGAGGUGAGGGCAUGUGCCCUACCUCACUGCCGCACCAUGAAGAACGUCCUCAACCACAUGACCCACUGCCAGGCCGGCAAGUCCUGCCAGGUGGCUCAUUGUGCGUCGUCCAGACAGAUCAUCUCCCACUGGAAAAAUUGCACACGACACGAUUGUCCCGUCUGCUUGCCGCUGAAGAAUGCCAGCGACAAGCGCACCCAGCAGUCUAUGCUGAGCUCUCCUAGCACGGGCCUGCAGAACGCCAUGUCUUCAGUUGGAGUGGGCCAGCCCAGUGCUCCCAGCAUUAAUACCUCAACCCCAAUAGACCCCAGCUCCAUGCAGAGAGCCUACGCGGCUCUUGGCCUGCCGUACAGCAGCCAGGCCACUGGGCAGGCCCCAGCCCAGCAGGCUGCGAGCCCAGGACAGUCAGCAGGGUCACAGAACGCACAGCUUUCGCAGCAGAUGAGACCCAUCAAUGCACUUGGUAACCAGAUGGCUCUUGGAGGUGCGGCAAUGGGUGUGACCACUUCAGAACAGACAAACCUGCACUCAGACUCCCUUCCCAACUCACUCAACACUAACAAUCAGCUGCUGUCGGAUGGGUCAGCUGUAGGAUCAAUGGGCAACCUACCCACAGCAUCACCUGUCCCUGCCACAGGCACCAGGAAAAACUGGCAUGAGCACGUCACUCAGGACCUGCGCAAUCACCUCGUACACAAACUAGUACAAGCCAUAUUCCCUACCCCUGACCCGGCAGCUUUAAAGGACAGACGAAUGGAGAACCUGGUAACCUACGCCAGAAAGGUGGAGGGAGACAUGUACGAGUCAGCUAACAGCCGGGAUGAGUACUAUCACUUCCUGGCUGAGAAAAUCUAUAAAAUCCAAAAGGAAUUGGAGGAGAAGAGGCGAUCAAGGCUACAGAAGCAGAUCAUCAACCAGGCACCAUUGGCCGCUCAGGGGACGCAGCAGCCUGGCCUCGCACAGCCCAACGCAUUAGGCGCAAGGCCACAGAAUGGGCCUGUUUCUCUCCCCAACAUGCCGAAUCAGAUCAUGAAUCGUAUGCAGGUUUCUCAAGGACUGAACCAGUUCAACCACAUGACUCUGCCCAAUGCCCAGAUAUCCCAGGCACCCAUGGGAGCUAGAGCUGCUUCACCUAUGAACCAUCCACAGCAAAUGAACAUGAGCUCCGUCCCAGCGAUGGGCAUGUCUCCCUCUAGGAUGCCCCAGGCUCAGGGCAUGAUGACCGGACAUGGGGGCGGCAACAUGGUGGGCCAGACGGCUAGCCAGGGACAGUUUCUGGCUCAGACCCAGUUUCCUCCGGGAUCUGCUGCAGUCGCUGCGACAGGCGCCAUGAACGUCACCGUGGGCCCUGGCAUGGAUCAGCCCCAGGCACAGGCUGCUGUCACGCAGCAGCAGCAGCAGCAGAGUGCUAACCUCCCCAUGAGUGCACUUGGCCCCUCAGUGGGCCCUCAGUUAGCCUCCUCCCAAACCCCCUUGCACUCCACGCCCUCACCUGCUGCCUCCUCCGCCUCUACGGCUGGGGCGGCCACUAACCUGCCGCACCCCCAGCCCUCCAGCCGCAGCUCCACCCCCACCCUCCCUGGCCCUGCUCCAGCCCAGGGUGCCACCCCGCCCCGUCCCACCCAGCCCCAACCCCAGGCAGAGCUUCCCACAGCAGCACAGACGCAGCCCCUGUCUCAGCCCCCCACUACGCCGCUUUCUCAACCAGGAGCCAGUCUGGAUAACCGGGUGCCCACACCGGCCUCAGCUGCCAGCGCUGACCUGCCUGUCCAGGAGAUCAAAGCAGAGACGCACCAGGGCAGAAAGGUGUUUGUGGCCGCUGGCGUCAAAUCUGAGACCAAGAUGGAGACUGAGGAGGACUCGGCUUCAAAGUUGGUACCGAAAGAGGAGCCAGAGGGGAAGCAGGAGCCGAUGGAGGUGGAGGAGAAAAAGCCGGAAUUAAAGACAGAACCCAAAGAAGAGGAAGAGGGUGGAGCCAACGGCACAGCCUCCUCCUCCCCCUCUCAGUCACGGAGGAAAAUCUUUAAGCCCGAGGAGUUGCGUCAGGCUCUGAUGCCAACUUUGGAGUCGCUCUACCGGCAGGACCCUGAGUCGCUGCCCUUCAGACAGCCAGUAGACCCCAUGGUUCUCGGUAUUCCGGACUACUUUGACAUUGUCAAAAACCCGAUAGAUCUUUCCACAAUAAAGCGUAAGCUCGACACGGGCCAAUACCAAGAACCCUGGCAAUACGUCGAUGAUGUCUGGAUUAUGUUCAACAACGCCUGGCUCUACAACCGCAAGACAUCCCGUGUUUACAAGUACUGCUCCAAACUGGCAGAGGUGUUUGAGUCAGAGAUCGAUCCAGUCAUGCAGGGCCUGGGCUACUGCUGCGGGAGGAAGUAUGAGUUUUCUCCACAAACCCUCUGUUGCUAUGGCAAGCAACUCUGCACCAUACCUACUGGAGGAACAUACUACAGUUACCAGAACAGGUACCACUUCUGUGAGAAGUGCUUCAAUGAGAUCCAGGGGGAGAGUGUGACGUUAGGAGAUGAUCCUGCACAGCCACAAACGAUGAUAUCAAAAGACCAGUUUGAACGGAAGAAGAAUGACGUACUCGACUCCGAACCGUUUGUUGAAUGUAAAGAUUGUGGACGUAAAAUGCACCAGAUUUGCGUCCUACACUACGACGUCAUUUGGCCGUCUGGAUUCAUUUGUGAAAACUGCUUAAAGAAGAGUGGAAAAACACGGAAGGACAACAAGUUCUCUGCAAAACGGCUGCAGUCAACUAGAUUGGGAAUGUACAUAGAGGACCGUGUGAAUAAAUACUUGAAGAGACAAAACCACCCAGAGGCUGGAGAGGUGUUUGUACGAGUGGUGGCGAGCUCCGACAAAACAGUGGAGGUCAAACCAGGCAUGAAAACCAGAUUUGUGGACACGGGUGAAAUGUCUGAGACCUUCCCCUACAGAACCAAAGCACUUUUCGCCUUUGAGGAGAUUGACGGUGUGGACGUUUGCUUCUUUGGCAUGCACGUGCAGGAGUACGGCUCCGAGAGCCCAUUCCCCAACACUAGACGGGUCUACAUAUCAUACCUUGACAGUAUUCACUUCUUCAAACCUCGGCUUCUACGAACAGCAGUGUACCACGAGAUCCUCAUCGGCUAUCUAGAAUAUGUCAAGAAACUCGGGUACGCCCAGGGCCACAUCUGGGCAUGCCCUCCCAGUGAAGGAGAUGAUUACAUCUUCCACUGCCAUCCUUCUGAUCAGAAGAUCCCCAAGCCUAAGAGGCUGCAGGAGUGGUACAGGAAGAUGCUUGACAAAGCCUUUGCAGAGAGGAUUCUUCACGACUACAAGGACAUCUUCAAACAGGCGACCGAGGACCGACUGAUCAGCGCCAAUGAGCUUCCCUACUUUGAGGGCGACUUCUGGCCCAACGUGUUGGAGGAGAGCAUCAAGGAGCUGGAGCAGGAGGAGGAAGAGAGGAGGAAAGAGGAGAACACAGCUGCAUUUGAAACUCCUGAGGGUAUGCCAGGUGACAGCAAAAAUGCUAAGAAGAAGAACACCAAAAAGACAAAUAAAAACAAGAGCAGUGUGAGCCGAGCCAAUAAGAAGAAGCCUGGGAUGCCGAAUGUAGCAAAUGAUUUGUCCCAGAAGUUGUACGCCUCCAUGGAGAAGCACAAAGAGGUGUUCUUUGUCAUUCACUUCCACUCUGGUCCCUUGGUCAACACCCUGCCGCCCAUCGUUGACCCCGACCCUUCUCUCUCCUGCGACCUGAUGGACGGCCGGGAUGCCUUCCUCACUCUGGCCAGAGAUAAGCACUGGGAGUUCAGCUCCCUCAGGAGGUGUAAGUGGAGCACCAUGUGCAUGCUGGUUGAAUUGCACAACCAGGGACAGGAUCGCUUUGUCUACACUUGCAACGAGUGCAAGCACCAUGUGGAGACACGUUGGCACUGCACCGUGUGUGAGGACUUUGAUCUUUGCAUCAGUUGUUAUAACAUUAAGGGCCACGAGCACCCGAUGGUAAAGUGGGGCCUCGGCCUGGACGACGACAGCAACGGCCAGAGUGGAGAGGCCUCCAAGAGCCCGCAGGAGAGCAGACGCCUCAGUAUCCAACGCUGCAUCCAGUCCCUGGUCCAUGCUUGUCAGUGUCGCAAUGCCAACUGCUCUCUGCCAUCCUGCCAGAAGAUGAAGCGAGUGGUUCAACACACAAAGGGCUGCAAGCGCAAAACGAACGGUGGCUGCCCUGUUUGCAAGCAGCUUAUUGCUUUAUGCUGUUACCAUGCAAAGCACUGUCAGGAGAACAAGUGUCCUGUCCCGUUCUGCCUGAACAUCAAGCACAAGCUUCGGCAGCAGCAGCUGCAGCACAGGCUCCAGCAGGCCCAGCUGAUGAGGAGAAGAAUGGCCACCAUGCAGGGAAGAACCAUGCCGCUGCCAUCCCCUCCGGCCUCAGCUGCCCCCAGUACCCCCACUUCCCAUGGCCAGCCUAACACUCCCCAGACACCACAGCAGCCACUCUCCAAUCAGCCGCAACCGCCCAACUCAGCAGGCGUCAUGGCCCCUUCUUUUUCCAAUGCACCUCGCAAUGCCCAGCCUCAAACACCAGUAUCCCAGGGCAAGCCUGGGCCUCAGGCCUCCCCUCUACACCAGCAGCAGUCUUCUCUCCCCCAGCCGCCUCAGCCACCUCAGCAGAUGCAGCAGCAGCCUCCCCUUGCUGCAGUCAAGAUGGCACGGCACAUUGAGAUGAUGGCACAGGCCCAGCAGAACCAGCAGAACUACCGGGUCAACAUGAACGGCUUGCCCAUGAACCCCCAGCAGCCACAGCAGCGCAUGACUGGACCAAUGCAGCCACCCAUGCAAAUGGUGCCUGGGCCCAGGGGGCCACAGGUCAUGCAAACCGGCAUGGCCCCAGGACAGUGGCCCGGAGCUGCAGGGCCCAUGCAGGCAGCUCAGACUCAACAACCAGGUCUCGUCCCAGGCCAGACGCCACAGCAGGCCAUGACCAUGCAGAGAGCCAUGAUGCUACCAGGGCAGCAGCCCCAGCAGGGUCAGAGGAUUCUGAUAACACAGCUGCCAGGUGCCCGGCCACAAACACCCCAGAGACCCGGUGCUAUAGCUCCCAAUGCCCUGCAGGACCUCCUACGCACCCUCAAGUCUCCCAGCUCACCGCAGCAGCAGCAGCAAGUUCUCAACAUCCUCAAAUCAAACCCUCAGCUAAUGGCUGCUUUCAUCAAACAGCGAACAGCCAAGUACCAGGCCAACCAGCCACAGCAGCAGCAAGCAGGUCAGCAACAACAGCCCGGCAUGCCUGCAAUGCAAGCCAUGGCCAUGCCAGGAGGGGCAGUGCAGAGGCCGGGGCUCCCCCCCCAGCAGCCGCAGCAGCCUCCUGCGCAGGGCAUGGCAGCUAUAGGGGCUCAAGGACAGCUGUUGAACAACAACCCCCAGCUCCAGGAGCUCUACCGUCGGCAGCUCUUAAGACAGCAACAACAACAACAGCAGCAGCAACAACAACAGCAGCAGCAACAACAACAGCAGCAGCAACAACAACAACAACAGCAGCAGCAACAGCAGGGAGUGAUGCCUCAGGGCCACCCUGGCCAGUUCCCUGCACAGACGCAGGGUACAGCUGCUACAUACUCCCAGAUCCGCAUGCAGCAGCAGCAGCAGCAAAUAGCCAUGCAGGCAGGCCCAGGAGCUGCUGGGGGUCCCAUGGGCCAGCUCCCAUCCUUGUCUCAGAUGGCCCAGCCAAGCAUGGGGAUGGACCCCAGCCAGAACUUGCUGCAUCAGCGAAUGCUCCAACAGCAGCAGCAGCAGCUUCCCCAGCAGCAGCAGGCCGUCCUCAAGCAGCAGAUGGGCUCGUCUGCCCAGCCCAGCCCGAUGAGCCCUCAGACCCACUUGCUGGCUGGCCAGCCCCAGGGUGGAGCCCACCUUCCUGGUCAGCCCACACUAGCCAACACCCUCAGCAACCAGGUCCGUUCCCCUGCGCCCGUCCAGUCCCCCUGUCCGCCUUCGCAACAGCAGCCACAGCCGCCACAUUCCAGUCCAUCGCCGCAGAUCCAGCCCCAGCCCUCGCCACACUCGGGUUCCCCGCACCAGGGACUCGGGGGCUCGCUGAAAUCCAUGGAGCAGGGACACUUAGGGACACCAGAACAGAGUGCCAUGCUGCCGCAGCUUAACACACCCAACAGAGCGGGGUUGAACAGUGACUUGGGGAUGGUGGGAGAUGCUACAGGGGACACUCUGGAGAAGUUUGUGGAGGGAUUGUAGCAUUUCUGCUGGGAACACAAUCUCACUCCCAGGGACCCAACCUCCCAAUGCUCUUCUUCCUCCUAGCUUCCCUUCGGACUCCUUAUGCUGUUCGCUUUGUUCUUUCUAUGGUUGAGAAUGUUUUUUUUGUACUGAGUAAAAACUUGUUGUAAAAAGAAAAUUUGGUUGAGAAAAAUACAAAACAAAAAAAAGGCAACACUUCUGGGGAAGUGUUUCCUAAAUCCAAGUGGAAGGUUGUUGAGGAAUUUGCAAGAUGCUUCUAAGAUUAAAUUUAAAUCACAAAGAAUAUAUUUUUUGGUUAAGACCAAAUGUGUUCAAUACUCAAUUUUAUUUUUGGUUUGUUUUUGGUAUGUUUCAUGCCUUUCUCAUUCUUCUUUCUUUUUUUAAGGAAAAUGUACAAUUUCUUUAUAUUAUUCAUAUCUUUUUAUUUUGUACCUUCGGAAAAAAACUUUAAGCAUAUUUGUGUUGAAACUGUAAAAUAAUUUGUCUGGGAAUUGGGCCAGGUUUUUGUUCUCAAACUGUCACGCCUGGCAAUUGUAAUCUAGUGUUGUACCAUUACUCCAAGACGAUGCGUUCAGGGACUGCUCCCUUCCUCUUUGUGUGUAUGAAGAGCACUCAGUUGUAUUAAAACUAAGAAAUGGACUGCGCCAGGUUGUGUAUACACGGGCAUGUAUGCAGGCACACAUGAAGACACUGACACAAACCCUCACAGUCACUAAGAGAAACACAGCUUUGACUGGUUUCACCAACAAAGAUGACAAAAGACUGCAAUCUACAUCUCAGUGGCCUGGAAUUUGAAAAAAAAGAAGUGUCUUGCAGGUGUAGAAAAUUGUUGCUUUGACAUUAAAAAGAAUUUGUCAUACAUUUUUGUCAUACAAAUAUUGUAAAGUGUAAAGAGUGUGAGAAAGAGACCAGCCCCCUAAGCUGAGAUGGAAUGAUCACCGGGUCUUCGUAGGCCACAUCUCCCAUCAUGCCCCUUCCUCUAAAUUGUACACUAAGUCGUGUGUUAUCUAGGGAUGAAGGACACGUUUGAGAAUCACCCUGGAAAAAUGUUAAAUGUUUUGUCAACCCUCAUUCCUCUCACACGAAAACUUGAAUUAGGGGGAUUGACUUUUUCUCCUAUUGUACAUCAAGUUAUUAAGCAAAAUACUAUACAUAUAAGGAAGAGAGAAUGAAAUCACUGUAUAUACUGGUUAAAGACUCAUUUCUUACUUAUAUACCAUAUUGUUAAAUAAACUGUGUGCAGCAGAAGAACUCCAGUCUGUUGGCUAAAUAA